GAAACCCGAACGUAGCCUUAGGAUUAUGACUUUGUAUCUUGUCUUGGCGUCGUUGUUGCCGGUGAUAAUCGUUUCACAGGAUGCCCAAUCCCUGAACGGUCUCACUUUUUCAAAUGAGCUUAAAAGAAUGGAUAGAAACGGAAUUGGUGCUCCCAAUCUGCAGGAAUACUAUGAUAGCCUGAUAUAUGAUAAACCAACAGAUACAGGCACAGAGAUUGCGCAUAAGAUGGCCAGUAAUUUAGGAAAAAUGUUCGAAACAUUGACAAACCAACUUCAGAAUGUAAAACGUGCAAUAGAGGACCAAUACGAACAUUUCUCUUCAUCUGAUUUGGAGAUUUUCCCUCAAUGCUGCAAAAUAACUGGCAAUUACAACCCUAAGUUCAGAACAAAGGUUUCCGAAAGCAGUGCAUGUAUAUCAAAGUCCACAACAUCUGACCAUUACCCAAACAAAGAUAUUGAAACCGUUAUGAAAAAGAACUAUGAGCGGAAUCCUAAUAUUCUCUGGCAGUACUUCGGCGGAAGUGAUGGAACAUUCCUAAUCUAUCCCUCUCAUGGUUUUAGUCCCAACUGUUUUUCAUACGAUCCAAGAUUUCGGCCAUAUUAUGUAGCCUCGGCAACAAACAAACCCAAAGACGUUGUAGUAGCAGUGGACACUUCUGGGAUUACGACCGGACGCAGUAGCUACGAAUCUAGGACACUUCUAAGUGUGGCACGUGAGGCAGUGCAAUACGUCAUUGACACAUUGAAUCCAAACGACAGGAUCGGAAUAGUAGCAUUUAAUGAAGAGGUCAUCAAGCCAACCUCAUGUCAUGGCACCCAUUUGGCAAAGGCAACAACUACCAACAAAGAGGUAUUAAAACGCUUCACUAAUGAUUGGGUAUCAAGCAAACAAUCACACUACGACGAGGGAAUUAAAGCUGCCUUCUCAUACUUCAAUAUUAAAGACAUCAGCACACAAGGAGGUGAAAGAGAAUCUGUUAUUUUGUUUUUGGCGGCUGGUGAUAAUGCCGGUGACGACCCUGUGGAUGUCAUCAAAACUGAAAACGAGGCUCGGAAUAACUCAGUUACCAUUCUUACAUAUUCGUUUGGAGGUGGUUUGAGUGAUCAUUGGAAAAAGGUUUUGCAGAAUAUGAGUAAACAAGUCACUAAUGAUCGUUCAUUUGGACCAGUAAAAGAGGGGACUUAUAAGGAAGUAAAAGAUGAUUCUUUACUUCGUUCUGACAUGGCGUCUUAUUACAAAGACCUUUCUAGUACCAACCUGGGUAGCAAUCCCGUAUUUUCUGUGCCAUACGUAGACGGACGAUCCAAGGAAACAGGUUUGAUAACUUCUCUCUGUCUACCGGUUGAGACAUCUGGGUCAUUGAGAGGAGUCACGUGUACAGACAUUCUGUUAGACGAACUACUGUCUGAUAUCACGAAUUUCAAGCAAGGAGAACUGUCAUAUGCAUUCAUGAUAGAUGGACAAGGCCGUGUUAUGGUCCACUACUUGCAACCGACACCAAAUGCCAUCACAAUUGAUCCAGAUCCUAUAGAUAUCCAUGUGCUGGAACCAAGUGUCGAUGCAAAACCAAUGAUAGAGUCAAUGAAAAGGGGUGAAAGUGGUAGUAACAGUUUCAGCUACUUCCGGACUAUAUCUAGAGGAAUUUUGGAAUACGAAGGGAUAGAGGCCCGAUCAGUGGAAGCAGACUAUAGUUGGACAAAAGUAAAACUAUCGGAUACAGCUGACCCAGUUAACAAACUGUCUUCAGUAGGGUAUAAAAUUGCCCCUGUCCUUAACAGUAACGUGUACAUCAUCAUCAAAAAGGAAGAACUCAAUAGUGGAACCUGUUGUCAGAAUUCAGGUAUAUCACCACUUGAAUAUACUUGUACCAAUAGUGGAUCCGACUGUUGUUUAUGCCAUAAAAUUGUGCCAUAUGAUACCUGCCAGGAAAAAACAACAUCCGGAGAGAAAUACCACACUUGUAGUGCUAGGUUACCAGAUUCAAAUGUCAAAGUUCAACCAGAAUUAGACAAAAUAAAAGAGCUAGACUUGAAACCUUGCUUUGAUGCUGGUUGUAAUGCUCGAGAUGAGAAAAAUUGCUACCAAGUAGCAGGAUGCAGCUGGUGUGUUCAAGACGAAAAUGGUAAACCAUUUUCACAAUCUGAGACAUGCUGCAAUAUCAUCGAGACUUGUCCAUUUGGGAAAGUUCAGAACCAAAAAAAGACACAAUGCCUUGCGUCACAGACACCAGACCAUUCAGCUCAGGCAGAUGAUACACCAAUAGUAGCUGGAGGUACAGGAGGCGGGGUUGUAAUAAUUAUUAUACUAGCCAUAAUCAUCGCAGUUGUCUGUCGUAAACGGAAUAAAAAGGAUGAUAAGAAAGCAACAUAUCUAACGGUAGUUACUGAUAACCCUGGUUUCAGUUCAGCUGAGGAACGUAGAUCUGAAAGUGACACUUCAAUCAACUAUCUCAGAGGUGAGGAUGAAGGUUCCCACCAGAGUAACCAGUAUAUAGGAAUGCAAAGUUCCGACGAUGGAAGUUGUACAGCACAUGUAGGUGAUAACCCGAAAAAACCAAGCGCCAUUUAUGAAAAAUCCAAGGACAUCGCUGUCUGGAAUGACUUUCUUGUGAUCAAAAGGAGACCUAGAAAACGGCAAUCGAUCAAAAGAGUAACGUCCCGCCCUACCGUAAAACCGACAGAGGCCCCUAAAACGACGACAUCCACCCCUGAUCCAACCACCACCACCACCACCACCGCCACACUUAAACCAGAGAUAUCAGGAGCUCUAUUAGCAGUGAAGACAGAAGAAUAUUCAGGGAUGGCUAUGAUUUUAUAUCUUGCCUUGAUGUCCCAUUUCUUAGGGAUAGCUGUGAGCGAGGGCAUCAAUUCCUUGACAGGUUUAAAAUUUUCAAAGGAACUUAAAAUAAUGGAAGAAAGGGGAAUAUGUGCCCCCAGUCUACAGAAUUAUUACGACACCCUACUUUACGAUAAGCCAACAGAUACUGCUGCAGAUAUAGCUCAAAAGAUGACAAGCAAUCUAGAAAAUAUAUUCAAAACCUUAACAGACCAACUUAAGUAUCUAAAACAGGUGAUUGCACAAGAAUAUGAUAAUUUUGCUCCAUCUGAUACCGGAGUUUUUCCACAGUGCUGCACAAUACACGGAACUUACAAUCCAAAGUUCAGAACCAAGAUUUCGGAAGACGACGCCUGUAUAUCAAAAUCCCCUUCUUCAAAACAUUUUCCGAACCAACGAAUUAAAACCACUAUGGAAGAGAAUUAUAGACAGAAUCCUAAUAUGCUUUGGCAGUACUUCGGCGGAAGUGACGGGACUUUCCUUAUCUACCCAUCACAUGCUGAGAGUCAGAACUGUCAGUCAUAUGAUCCAAGAUUUAAACAGUAUUACGUUACCUCGGUGACAAAGAAGCCGAAAGAUUUGGUUAUCGCAGUUGACGUCUCGGAAGUUACAGCAAGACGUAGUAACUACAAUACUAAUACACUCUUACAUGUGGCACGCGAGGCUGUGCAGUAUGUUAUCGAUACCUUGAGUCCAAAUGAUAGGAUCGGGUUGGUAGCAUUUAAUGAUCAAGCCAGUACGCCACCCUCGUGCAAUGGCACCCAGUUAGCUAGGGUAACGACUACAUACAAAGGUGUAUUAAAGAGCUUCAUUAAUACAUGGAACCCAAGUAAGCAAUCACACUACGACGAGGGAAUCCAAGCAGCCUUCUCAUUCUUUGACAGAAGUAUAGUGGAAACAAUUGGAGAUGAAAGAGAGUCUGUUAUUUUGUUUUUGGCGGCUGGUGAUAAUGCCGGUGACGACCCUGUAGAUGUCAUCAAAACUGAAAACGAGGCUCGGAAUAACUCGGUCAUCAUUCUUACGUAUUCGUUUGGAAAAGAUUUGAGUAACCACUCGAAAGAUGUUCUUAAAGAUAUGAGUAAACAAGUCAGGAAUGAUCGUUCGUUUGGACCAAUCAAGGAGGGAACUUUUAAUGAAGUGCGUAAUGAUUCUUUACUUCGAACUGUUAUGGCGUUUUAUUAUCUAGACCUCUUCAGCACUAAUUUGGAUGACGAUCCUGUAUUUUCCGUUCCGUACGUAGAUAACCGAUCCAGUGAAAAAGCGAAAGCCUUAAUUACAUCUCUCUGUCUUCCUGUGGAUAAGACCGGAUCAUUAAAAGGAGUCACGUGUACAGAUAUUCUGUUGGACGAAUUGCUGUCUGAUAUCACGAAUUUCAAGGAAGGAGAACUGUCAUAUGCAUUCAUGAUAGAUGGACAAGGCCGUGUUAUGGUCCACUACUUGCAGCCGACACCUAAUGCCUUCACUACUGAUCCAGAUCCUAUAGAUAUUCAUAAGCUGGAACCAAGUGUCGAUGCAAAACCAAUGAUAGAGUCAAUGAAAAGGGGUGAGAGUGGGAGUGCAACCUUUAGCUAUUCAAGGACAAUAUCUAGAGGUGAAUUGGAGUACGACGGAAUCGAGACGCGGGUAGUAGAAGCAGAAUACAGCUGGAGAAAAGUUCCUGGUACAAAUUUUUCCUUGUGUGUUGUACUUGGAAAGAAUGAUCAACAAUCUCGCCUGCGGCCAGGCCAAGAAGAGUUAUUAACCAAUGGAGUCUUCUACUAUCAUAGACUGGAACAGAACCGUCAAAAUACACAGAAAUGUAGACAGUAUGACAGAUAUGCCACUAAAGAGAGGUCAAUGGUGAUGCUUUCUCCACAUGCCUUUGAGAAACCAUAUGAGUAUCUCUAUCGGAAUGAAACUCAGGAGGCAGUGUUCGAUUACUCUGAUUACCUUAACAGUGUACAUAGUCAGCAAGCUGAUAAAGCAUUAAAAUUAAAAGAUAAAGUCAAAAGCAGCAUUCGGGCAACUUAUAUGGCGGAGGAAUUUUGGAAAGAAAACCAGGACCAAUCACAGUUUGUGAUAUGGCGUUACUUGGCAACUAGGGAUGGCCAUGUUAGGGUUUAUCCAGCGGUUGAAAUUCCCAAGAACUAUGAUCCUUUUACAAGGGAUUGGUGGAGAAAAACUGUGGCUCAGAAGGGCAAAAAUGUUGUGAUUUCUCCUUAUAUAGAUAAUUGGGGAGCUGGUCUUGUUAUAUCACAAUGCAAAGCAAUAUUUGAAGGAAGAGCUAAUGGCCUGCACUGUACAGAUGAUAUCGUAGAUGUAGUUGAAUGCAUCGAUUACCCAUACCAAUAUUUCAGCAGCAAGUUUUUCCAGAGCUACCCAGAAUGUGGGGAUACAACAUACAGCUGCAUGGUGAUAGAUAAAAGUGGAUUCCUUGUUAUAUAUCCCAGCUUUUCAAACGAUGAAGAAUUCACAAGGAAACAUUUAGGAGCUAAAGUAUCAUUGUCGGAUACAGAUGACCCAGUAAACAAACUGUCAUCAAAGGGGUAUAUGAUAGCCCCUGUACUGAACAGCAAUGUGUUUAUCGUCAUUAAGAAGACAAGCAUCCUCUCUGGAACUUGUUGUCUGAAUUCAGAAAAAUCGCCUCUAGUACAUACCUGUAGUACCAGUGAAUCAGACUGUUGUCUGUGUCAUAAGGUUGUUCCUUAUGAUACCUGCGAAGAAAAGACUUCAGGGGAUACCUACCAUAUCUGUAGUGCCAGAGUACCAGAUUCAAACGUCAAAGUUGAGAAAGAAUUAGAUAGGAUAAAAGAGCUGGAACCGUGCUUCGAUGUUCAUUGUAACACCCGAAAUGAAUCAAAUUGUAAAGAGGUGGCAGGAUGCAGCUGGUGUAUUGAGGACGAGAACGGCAAUAACCUUCAGCCAUCCGAAACGUGCUGCAAUGUCUUUGAAACUUGCCCAUUUGGAAAAGUUCAAUCUCAGAAACAAACACACUGCUCCGCAGCUUUGAAUGCGAAACAUUUCGGCUCGACAGAUUCAAAAGAAGUAGGGACUGUUACAGGAAGCGUAAUAGGAGUGCUGUUAUUGAUUGUUAUACUAUCAGUAAUAAUUGUUAUUGUCUAUCGAAAACGAAGAAAUGACAAGGAAGAUCCAUAUUAUCUGGAUCCAACCCUCGACCCCUGUCAAAAUAAUCCUGCGUUUUCUAACGUAGCUUAGUUGAUCAUAACGAAGACGAUGGGUCGUGCGCAACUAACCAUUACAAAGACAUUCAUUCUGUUGAGAAGGAAACUUGUCGGGCACCAGUGAGUGUCAACAGUUUGAACAACGAGGUGUGAUUUGUACAUGUAAAUGUGCACACUGAUUUUUUUUCUUAUAAAUACACAUUAUGUAAAUAUCUUUUACUUACCCAUAAUAUGAAUACUUAAUUUAAUAUAGAAAAUCCCAUUAGAUGUUAUGUUAGAUUACUAAAUAAUUUUGGCAUUCAUAAAAAAAAGUUCUAUAACACCAUUUAAUUCUCACAAUAUUGCUUUAUCUUGAUUGCUGGUUAACUUCGUCUAAAGUGAAUGUUAUAUAGUUACCAGAACUGAAUAUUUUUUUCAAUCAGCUGACGUUUGACGUUUAAAAAAUAUAUAUUUUAAGAUGUGGAUUGAACUCUAGAAGACAAAAAUGCCUAUAAAUUUUAUUUAUUUAUUUUAUUUUUUUUUUUUUUAUUGUUUAUUAAUCUAUUUUUUUUUUUUCAUUAAGACAAUGGUCAGAGCAACUUUUCAGUGUUGAAGUCUUUUAAAUUGCGGGAGACUUUAAUAGGUUGUGGACACUGGAGUUAGGUUUCAGGAUAAUGUAUUUAUCGUAUUUGUCUGUCUGAAUACGAUGACGAAGAUUAAAACCGAAAAGUUCCUGACAGAUUUUAAAACAUCAUAUUCGUAUUUCUAGGAACUUUCAAAAAGUGAUCAGCUUAUUCAAGCAUAAUGAAGAACAUCCAAUACACCUCAUACAUGCAUUUAUAUCCAUCAUCAUGACACUGAGUCCCUAUGGUUUUGGCCGUUUGAGGAUAAUUAAAAUAUACAUCUUCCAGAUCAUUAACUUUAAAAGGAGGAAA